AUGUCUACUCGCGAUUUCUUUGUCAAAGAGUGGGACACUGCCUUCUCGGUGAAAAAUGUUCAAAGGGAGGAUGUGUCCUAUGUUGAGGGUAAAAGACAUCUUAACGCAAUAGGCAAAGGCAUUACGCUAUUCUUACGCGACACUGAGGACGCGGUAUCCUCAUGCAAAGUCCAAGCAGUGGAAUCUUUCUGUCGAGGUACCUACCUGGAAGAUAUCAAACGCGGAGGGACGGCUGGACAAUGUCGGACUGCUUGGAUUGAUGACAGGAGCUUUCCGAAUGAGCCAGAUGGGCCAGAUGGUGGAAAGGCCAGGACAUGUCCGAAUCCACUGACAGCGACUGCGCUUUACCGUCAUCUAAAACAACCGCGAUUUGGCAACGGAGAUCUACCCGAUGCGGAUAGACGGGUGAUCUACAUACCCAAUGUGGAUCCUAGUCACGUUAUCGUGCUUGCAGAGACUGCCACCUAUCAUCAAGUCCCAGCGUUGAGAGAUGCCUUGACAAAACAUAUACAAUAUGAAACAUCGAUCCGAGUCAAGAUACCUAGUCUUGGAGGGUUCCCAAUUUUCCAACUAGAGAUACACCUUCCCUUCUUCGCCUUCAGAGAACUUCCAUCAUCUGAGAUGGACAGCUGGCACACAGGAGGGAGCGACAUGAGCCCAAAGAAAUCCUGGAUUGAUCUGUCAGUUCUCAGCACUCAGGCCUCACGAUUCGAAAACGGACCAAGAUACGGUAUAUACAAGUCGCGGUUCUCCCUUGUGAUUUGUGGUUCGAAUGAUCGACGCUGGACUGGAUACGCUUUCGUAGAUCGCGACACGGAAGGUGAAGAAGAGCUUUCCUACAAGGGUUCAGAACAGGAACCAAUCAUUGGUUUCCCUACUGACGUCCCCGUUUGGGACCCGAGAGAGUAUUUUCUUAUUUCUCUUGAAAGACAAACGGCGAAAGUACUGAAUGAAUGGGAGAACGUCGUGUGCACGGUUGAGCGAAGAAUCAAGAGUCAUAAAUACCAUCAGUCAGCUUUGCUUUCACGUGACCAUGGGGUAGAGAAGGAGUGUGCUGCUGAAGAGGCUUUCGCCUGGACCUCUAGGACGACGGCGCUCUUGAGUCACCUAAUAGAGGUUCUGUCUAACACGGUCAACGCCUGGGAAAGAUUCAAAUGCUCGAGCGGAGACAUCGGGUACUUCUGCGAUUCCUCUCCGGAGUCUCCAAAAUCGAAGCUGAAAUUCUCAGAGCGACGUGCUCGACAGUCGCUUAGAUCUAUCAAUAACGCUUUUGAAGAACUAGAGUGUCUGGGUGGAAAACUUCGUUCAUUGAACGAGUCUUGCGACAAGUCGGUCAAAGAUGUGAGUUGA